CUUGACCCGAGUCGGAAUUGGCUUUCUGCUACAUAUUGCAGACAAACACCGGGCUAAUGGAAUAAUUAGAGCACCGGCGAAUAUGAACUUUGUGAUGUGAGGACUCCUUCAUUUCCUCCUUAUUGGGACUCAGCAUGGCGGAGGAGGAGGACAGACACAGCCUGGAGGCGAAAUUUGUUGCAGCAGUUAAAGUGAUCCGGAGUUUGCCCGAAGAUGGUCCGUUCCAGCCCUCUGAUGACAUGUUGCUGAUGUUCUGCAGUUACUAUAAGCAGGCCACCUUAGGGCCAUGCGACAUCCCCAGACCUAAUGGAUUCUGGGACUCUCAUGGAAAAGAAAAAUGGGAUGCAUGGAGCUCUUUAGGAAAUAUCACAAAGGAGGAAGCCAUGAAGAAUUAUAUUGAGGAUAUCCAGAUGAUUUUGGAGACCAUCCCAAUCUCAGAUGAAGUGUCCGACCUGGUGCAGAAGCUGGGCAACUUCUACACAGAUGGAGAAAGAGAAGAAGGAGAAGCUGAAGAUCAUGAGGUGGACAGCAGACCCUUCACCAGGCCUUUUGCAAAUCAUGCAGAUGAGCUGAACAGGCAGCUUAAGAAACCGACAAUGGAAGGCUAUGGGGAUCUGUGGGAUGAUAUACAGAACGUCCAUGAAAAUGACAGCACUGUUCAUGGCUUAAGUGUCAGUAGCGAGGAGGCAUGGGGGAGCAAGGAAAAUAGUGAAGUGGAGAGAAAUGAGGAAAGUAGUGAUUGGAGGAAAAGUGAGGAAGAGGAUAAUGGAGAUGAAGAAGACAAUACAGAGGACGAAGACGAGGAGGGGCAGGAGGAAAAAGGUUGGAGGCCUGACCCGACGCUGCUGAUGGUGAACAAGAGGUGGAGGUCUGACACCAGGGGGUCCAGCAGCAGCAUGGAGCCCAGCGUGUGCUCCUUCACCAACGGGACGCACAGCUCCCUCAACAGCGAGGUGGAGGAGGAGGAGCUGGCCUGCUCCAUAGAGCCCUCCAUUGAACAGUAUAACUCCUACAUGCACUUUAAUGGACACCCGAGUGGUCAUAGUGAAGUAGUUCCUGAGAAGAACCGCCGAUCAACAGACUCGGACGAGGAAUUCUGUGACUCGAUGGAGCAUCUGGCCAUGGAAGAGGGCCUGUCAACGUCAAGAAUACGCUCCCCUGGAUCAGCAGCUGUCUCAGUGAGGCAAAGGGAUCAUUGGUUUGAGAGCAACACUACCCUGAAUGCAGGAGAGGAUCAAGUACUCAUGGGAGAUUCUUACUUUAAAGAAGGGAUUAGUGCAAGCAACAACAGCUCCUUGUCAAGAAGAGGGAGAGUUCCAGGUUCACCGUUGCCAGGGACUCCCUGCGAUUCUCAACGUUCUGCCAGUGUAGAUGCUGUUUGUUGUUGUGUGUCACAUAGCAGAUAUCCUGUCAGCGUUGCCAGGGAAAACAUCAACGAGCAAAUAGCUACCGCUCUGCUGAGGCUGCAGCAUGACAUGUCCAGGGUGUUGCACAGGCUGCACGCUCUGGAGGCGCUGACGGUGUCACAGUCAAGAUCAUCUUCGCCAAAGCAGGAGGACGCCCUGGCUGUAGCACAAAAGUUCUUAAGACCAGCUUGGUGGCCUUUUGACUUCUCUCCACUCACUGUGGUGUUUACUACACUCUGGCCUGUGGUUGCCCAUUGGCUCGUCCAGGUUUACUUACAACGGAGGAGAAGGAAAAUCGCCUGAAUUCUCUGACCUCAAUCAAACAACAUGACGCUGGGAUGAAAUCGUUGCACUUUUGAUGUGUUGUGGCUUUGUAAGCCACCACAAUAGACAGGGUAUAAUGAGGGCAGCAUUAGAAAUGGAAAGCCACCUUGGAUAAAUGAAUGGUCAGAUAUGGAUGUAAAAGGAGACUCUGCAAUUUAGUGUAGCAUUUUGACUUCCUGGAUACUUUUUAGGUGUUUAAAAUGUGUGCAUUAUAAAACUGGCACAUUAACAGUGAGCGUAGCAUUAGGCAGUGAUCUUAUUUAUGAAAUGUAGCCCAGAUCACCAAUAACUCAACAUAUAAAUAACUUGCAUCAACAUGAUCAUACAGUAGCUGUGGACAGUAAUCUAUGACUCAUUGUCAUGCCAGUUAUUUUAUUUAUUUAUUGUUUAUUUCAUGUUUUUGUCAAACUGUUUUUUUCUAAUUUCUAAGGACUUUUAUAAUGUAUUGUUCAAAUAUAGACAUAUUUAAGGUGCAUUUCUUUUUGGACCAAAUUGACAUAUUCAUUUGUAAAAUUCUAUAUUUAUUUUAUCGCUUCAGUGCAAUACUGUCAUACACAUAAAGUGAGGAACAGAGUAAGGACAAUCCAUAUAUUUAUUUGUGUUUCUUGUCAGCUGUAAACUGAAAAUUAAACAUUCUCUGUUAAAGCAAAGAUGUGGUGCUUUUUAAAUAUACUGUACAUAUAAACAUAGGACAUUUUAA